GAAGCAAAUAGAAGAGAUGGAAGAAAAACAAAGAUCUGACAAAGCAGAACUUGUAAGAAUGCAGCAAGAAGUAGAGUCACAGCGCAAAGAGACAGAAAUAGUACAGCUGCAGAUUCGAAAACAGGAAGAGAGUCUGAAACGGAGAAGUGUUCACAUUGAGAGCAGGUUAAAGGAUUUGCUGGCUGAAAAAGAAAAGUUUGAAGAAGAGAGAUUACGGGAACAACAGGAGAUAGAGCUUCAAAAGAAAAAACACCAGGAAGAAAUUUUUGCCCGUGUCAAAGAGGAGUUGCAGCGACUGCAAGAACUUAAUCAUAAUGAAAAAGCAGAGAAAAUGCAGAUCUUCCGUGAACUAGAGAGACUUAAAAAGGAAAAAGAUGAACAGUAUAUGAAGCUGGAAUCAGAAAAAAAGAGACUUGAAGAACAAGAACGGGAGCAGGUGAUGCUGGUGGCUCAUUUAGAAGAACAGCUUCGAGAGAAGCAGGUCAUGAUAGAGCUCUUGAAGAGAGGGGAUGUACAAAGAGUUGAAGAAGAGAAAAGAGAUCUUGAAGAUAUUAGGGAAUCUCUUUUGAAAGUCAAGGAGGCCCGAUCUGAAGGUGAUGAAAAACGUGAAGAGUUAGUAAAAGCACAGCAUGAUUUUGUAGAGUUUAAAAGGAAACAACUGGAACAGUUGACUAUUUUGGAGAAAGAUUUAGUUCAACAAAUGGAUCACCUAGAAAAGGAAAUAGCAGAUGAAAGAAGAGCUCUGGAACACUUAAAAUAUGCACAUGAAGACCAUUUAAAUCUCCUGAGAGAUGAUGAAAACUUUGUGGACGCUGUAUUCAAGGCUGAAGAAGUUGAAAAGAUAAAGACAGCGGAAUACAGGCUCCAAUCUAAAGUACGCCAGCUUGAGUACCUGAAGAGUAGUCAUUUGCCAGCUCUGCUGGAAGAAAAACAAAGAGCUUCUGAAGUCCUUGAUAGAGGCUUGUUAGGGUUAGAUAAUACUCUCUAUCAAAUAGAGAAAGAAAUAGAAGAAAAAGAAGAGCGGCUUGCCCAGUAUAGAGCUAGCACAAAUCAACUGCAGCAGCUUCAAGAAACCUUUGAAUUUACAGCCAACAUAGCUCGUCAGGAAGAAAAGGUUCGGAAAAAGGAAAAAGAAAUCCUUGAAUCAAGGGAAAAGCAGCAGAGAGAGGCACUGGAGCAAGCUGUUGCCAAGUUAGAAAGGAGGCACUCUGCUUUGCAACGUCGUUCAACGAUAGACUUUGAAAUUGAAGAGCAGAAACAGAAGCUUGCCACCUUGAACAACAGCUGCAGUGAACAGGCAGGUCUGCAGGCUAGUCUAGAAGCUGAGCAGAAAGCCCUCGAACAAGACCGAGAACGCCUGGACCAGGAAAUCCAGCAGCUGAAGCAAAAAAUAUACGAGGGUGAUGGUCAGAAAGGAAGUCAUGGCACAUUAGAAGAGAGACUCUCCCAUACCACUUCCCCUACCACUCCAACAAAGCCACAGCCACUCGCUGCACCGCUAGUUGAUGAUAGGAUAAAUGCCUUUAUUGAGCAAGAAGUGCAGAGAAGGCUCCAGAAUAUUCAUCAUAAAGCUGAGGAUAAUGAUGUUAGCCUGUCCUGGUCUACAGAAAGUUUAAAGGAUAAUGAGAGGCUUAAUAAUGGCACUCUUCAACGCAAGCUGAAGUAUGAGCGGAUGGUCUGUCGUUCACUGGGAGCAAAUCCAGACGACCUAAAGGACCCAAUCAAAAUUAGUAUUCCACGCUAUGUCCUGUGUGGGCAGGGAAAGGAUGAACACUAUGAGUUUGAAAUAAAGAUAACAGUCCUGGAUGAGACAUGGACAGUAUUCAGGCGGUACAGUCGUUUUCGAGAAAUGCAUAAAACUUUAAGGCUGAAGUACCCAGAGCUUGCCACUUUAGAAUUCCCCCCGAAGAAGCUCUUUGGAAACAAGGAUGAACGAGUGAUUGCAGAACGACGGAGUCACUUAGAGCAAUACCUCAGGAGCUUUUUCUCUGCAAUGCUGAACUCUCCAUCGUCUCCACUGCACAUUGAUAAAGUGGGUCUGACUCUGUCAAAAUACACCAUCUGUGAAUUCUCACCCUUCUUCAGGAAAGGUGUUUUUGACUAUAGCAGCCACGGGACCAGCUAA